CUACUUUCUAUAAUUAUUUAUGUACUAUUGUAAGUAAUAAUUCUUACAAAAGAAAAAUAGUUUGCUUGUCAACAUGUCUGAUUUAGUUAGUGUUUCCGAAUUUGAGAAACAUGCUUUGGAAAUUUUACCUAAAGAUAUACGGGAUUAUUGUAGAAGUGGUGCAGGAAGACAGGAGACCUUGGCCGAUAACAGAAAAGCAUUCUUUAGGUAUAAACUAAGACCAAGAUAUUUAAGAAAUGUAGAAAAUAUAGAUUUAUCUACAAUAGUUCUUGGAGAGAAGAUUUCCAUGCCGAUUGGAAUUGCUCCGUCUGGCAUGCAAAAAAUGGCUCAUCCAAUGGGAGAAAUUGCUAUGGUUAAAGCUGCUCAAGAAAUGGGUGUAGUGUACACUCUUAGCACCAUGUCAACGUCCAGCAUUGAAGAAGUUGCUCAAGCUGCUCCAAGAGCUGUGAAAUGGUAUCAAGUAUAUAUUUAUAAUAACAGAUCUUUAACUAAAAAUUUAAUUUUGAGAGCAGAGAGAGCUGGUUUUAAAGCAAUAGUAUUAACUGUGGAUGCACCGUUAUUGGGUUUGCGUUUACCUGAUUUGAAGAACAAGUUUACAUUACCUCCACAUCUUAAGUUGGCGAAUUUCGAAGGAAAAAUUUCCGAAAUGAAUCAGAAUCUCACAAAAGGAUCAGGUCUUCAGAACUACGUCAAUGAUUUAUUUGAUCCGUCCAUCAACUGGGAAGACAUUAAAUGGUUGAAGAGUAUUACACAUCUUCCCAUAGUUUUGAAAGGAAUAUUGACUGCAGAGGAUGCAUUACUCGCUGUUGAAGCUGGGGUAGCUGCUGUUCAAGUCUCCAACCAUGGAUCUAGGCAGUUGGAUGGAACACCUGCUGCGAUUGACGCUCUCUGUGAUGUAGUAAAGGCGGUAGGUGACAAAAUAGAAGUUUACGUCGACGGCGGAGUGACAGAUGGCGUUGAUGUUCUCAAAGCUGUUGCUCUUGGAGCCAAGAUGGCUCUGGUAGGACGAUCUGCUUUGUGGGGACUGGUUCAUAGUGGACAGCAAGGAGUCGAGAGAGUUCUCAAUAUUUUUAAAAACGAACUCAGGACCGGCUUGGGAAUAUCAGGUUAUUCAAAAAUAGAUCAAAUUGAUAGAAGAUUGGUGGUACAUGAAAGUUAUUAUGCAAAGCUUUAAGAUGCAUGCAACAAAUAUGAAAGAAGAAAAAACAGCAUUUCCUUUUAAAUAACAGAAUUAAUUGAAAAAUAUCAUUUUUUUAUAUAAAAUAAACCGUCUUUAUAAAA